CAAAAUAGAUUAAUUCACAUAUUUGUACCAAUCUCUCUCUCUCCCCCCCUCCUCUCACACACACAGAAGGUUUCGCCCAUUACCGAUUGCUGCGAAUUGAAGUCACCACUGCUAUUGGAAGAAGAUGGAAAAGGAAGCCAAGAAGGAAGCGUUUAGAAAGUACUUAGAAUCCUGUGGAGUUCUUGAUGCUCUAACAAAAGUGCUCGUUGCUCUAUACGAACAGCACGACAAGCCUUCCUCAGCUGUUGAGUUCAUCCAACAAAAAUUAGGUGGUCCGAGUCUGUCUGACUAUGAAAAGUUGCAAACGGAAAUGUCUGAAUUACAGAUACGAUACAAUGAGCUUUUAGCUGCACACCAAGAAAAAUGUCAGGAGUUCGAGGAAUUCAAAAACUCCCAUGUCCAGGCAUCAACUAAAGAAACAGUCGAGGGUGAAUCCCCUAGCUAACUGCUACAAGGAUUUAGGAUAGCAUUAUUUAAUACGAUCCUGAAAUUCCGGUUUUCAUUGUUCCAAAACGUGCAUCUAGAAUUCUUAAUUACUCUGUUUCGAAGUUUCUGUUGUAAAAAUCCCACUUUAAGAGUUAAUAUCACAAGUACCACAUACAUUUGCUUGACACACUACCGAGUACAUACUGACUUGCUGAUUGCUAAGGGUGAUUUCUCAUUGGUGUAAUUCCAUUCCAUUUUGUUACCUUCAAAUACCUUUUUGAACUAA